GCGUAGUAGUAGUAGUAGUAGGGCUUUUGUGCUCGUUGCACAAGGGGUUUCCCCCUGUCAGUUUUUCGUUCUAUAGUGAAGUUUUACUUCUACAGUCAUUCAUUGUGCAAUCGCAAGCAAUUCUCCAUGUGCACUUGUUCAUUUGUUCGUAGUCCUUCUCAAAUUUUCUCCAAAAUAACCACAUUAGGUUGGGUCUGAAAGCCGAACCACUGUGUCUUUUUUUCUUCAGUUUAUAGUGAUGUGAUUUGAAUGCAUUGAUAUGACGAUGGACGCCCAGCUCAUGUCGUCAUCGUCUUCCCGAGUCAGCGGGGGAGGAGGGAGUGGGUGUUGGAACCGGGUGGUGGCGCUGGUGGACAUGGACUGUUUCUACGUGCAGGUGGAGGAGAGAGACAACCCCUCCCUCCGGGGCACGCCUUGUGCCGUCGUCCAGUACAAACCUUACAGGGGUGGGGGACUGAUUGCCAUCAACUAUGAGGCACGCGCAAGAGGAGUGAAGCGUGGUAUGAUGGGGGAUGAUGCAAAGGGAGUGUGUAGUGAAUUGCAGACUGUGUUUGUGAAAGAGAGCAGAGGCAAGGCAGACCUCACCAAAUACAGACAGGCGAGUAGUGAAGUGUUCCAAGUGCUGACCGCCAAAUGUCAGCAUGUAGAAAGAGCAUCAGUUGAUGAGGCCUUCCUAGACUUGACUUCUCUCGUAGACAAGCGAAUAUCCGAAAUGCAAUCUCCGAUCGAAGUUCCCAUUGAAACUUUGCCAAACACUUGUGUAGUUUAUCCACUAAACGAAGAAGGUUUAAAUCCAAGUGAAAUUUCAAAUGACCGACAGAAGAAUUUAAUUCCGUUUUUAGAACUCGUGAACUCCCGCAACAUUUCGUCGAACUGCGAACUUCGUUUACUAAUCGGAGCUCAAAUUGUUGAAGAAAUACGACUCGCGGUCUAUGAACGUACUGAGUUUCGAUGCUCGGCUGGUAUUGCACAUAACAAAAUCCUUGCCAAAUUGGCCUGCGGAAUCAACAAACCGAAUAAACAGACUAUCUUGCCUCAGGUAUCAGUGGAGUCUUUCUUCGCAACACUUCCAGUGCACAAGUUGAGAUAUCUAGGAGGCAAACUGGGAGAUAUAGUGGAAGAAGAAUUAGGAUGCACAAAUGUCGGGGACUUACUCAGGUAUUCCGAAUCAGUUUUGACUUCCAAAUUUGGAGAGAGGAAUGGUCUCUUUCUGCAUAAUAUAUGCAGAGGUAUCAACUAUGAACCGGUUAAACCACGAACAACUGUUCAGUCAAUUGGAUGUUCAAAGAAUUUUCUGGGAAAAGAGUCAAUUUGGACCUCGAAAGAAGUUAACCACUGGACUCUUCAACUUUGUUCAGAAUUGGAAGAACGUUUGAAUGAAGAUAUGGACUUAAAUCAAAGAGUCUUCAAGUUAUUAACUGUUAAUUAUUCUAUCAAAGGCCGGGGUCAGGUUAGUAAACGGUGUCCAAUCACAAGUUAUGACACUAACUCGAUGCAAACAGAAGUAAUGAAAAUCAUUUUGGGCUCAUUGCCAUUUAAACUGGCCUCUAAAGAAGACAGAUACCCGGAUCCCAUCAUUCAUUUAGGAACAUACGCUUCCAAGGCCGAAUGUGCGACAUCUGCUAAUUCUAGCAUAACAAACUUCUUCAACAUUUCAAACGACCGAAGUCAAAUCAAGUUCACAAAGACAGGCAAAGAUGAAGUUAAAGAAACCAAAAUUAAGAAACCGAAAAAGUCUGCGCUCGAUAUUUUUCUAGAUAGUAAACGAGUACAGAAACUAAAACAUUCGACUUGUAAGAGCAAACUAAGUCGUGCUAAUAAUCAAAAUAAAUCGGAGGAAAAUGAUUAUAAUCAGACAAAAAUGGCGGCGCUUUCAACGCUUGGAAGCGUUAAUUUAAGCAGUGAAGAAAUUCCUCACAAAAGUCCUCACUUCGAAACUGAUGAGCCAUGUGAUUCUGAAAGCUUUCUGUUCGGUGGAGCUGAUUUAACUUCCAAGGGAUUCGAAGAGGAAACUGAAUCGGAAAUUUUAGUUCCCGAGUCACCACCCGAAAUGAUUCGAUCGUUUUCGGAAGAGAAACUGAAUUCGAAAUCAUCUUUCAAAAAGUUGAAACACUUGCGUAAUUUUGACACUGAUUAUUUAUUAGAUAGCAACAUUAUGUCAUGUACGCCAAUUAAUAGAUCAAAUUGCAGCCUUUUGAAAGAUUUCAACAUAUCACAGACAACUUAUCAGGCCCAAAAUGAACUGGUUUCAAAUGAAUCUGGUGGCAGUUGUCUGGCGGGUAGUGUUCUGGAACAGCAAGGGCAAAAUGAUUUAGAAAAUCUGUUCAAACUUCUGUUCGAAGACUCAGAAUCUUCUCGUGACUCGACUAUGAAUUUUCAAUCACCUCAAAUAAGUUCAAACCGGGUUAGUUGUGAAAAAAUGUGUCUAUCAGAGCCCGCGACUUCCAAAUCAAACACGGAAGACCAACUACAUUUAAAUAAGUAUCCUGGCGGUUCGAAUGAUAUAUCGGAAACGCAUGCAAAUGGACUACUUUCAGGCAAAUUGAAAACGCCCACAGCGAAAAGAAAAUCGGCGAAAAGAAAAGGAAACCAGUUGUCGCUGAGUGACCAGAAAAGACCGAAAGGGUUGAAGCAGGCAGCUCUUGUUUUUUCUUCCACCCAAACUAACUCGGCAUCGAAAAAGACGAGAAAGGCUUCUGGUGAAGUGAGUUCGACCCAAAGGCGACUUACGAAGUCUGCAUCGAAAAUUAAACGGGGAGAAAAGAGUUGUUCCCAGAAUCACUUAAAGUCGUCGAUUAAUGAAACUGUUUUGCCCAGUGACAGAGUUGCUGAUUCGUCACGCUCAAUCUCGUCCAUGUUUUCCAGGAUGUGUUCGGAGCAGUUGUCUGUUCCGGAUGAGAUCUUCGAGGGGGUGGAGGGGGAGUGUGAUGUGAUGCAGUGCAGUUUGUGUGGGGAGAGAGUGUCCAUGUUCACUCUGAUCGAACACAGGGACUUCCACGUGGCACAAAAACUGCAGACUCAAUUCAACCAGCGCACCAAGACACAAAAUACUGCGUCAUCAUUAAAAACAACUGAUACUUCAAAAAAUAUGAAAUAAUUAAACGUUUGACCUCCUCAGUUGGCGCUCUUAAAUUAUCAGAUAAAUUUGAAAAAUUGACAGAAUUUGUUUUCUAUUAUUUUGUUUUUUGAAUUGAAUUAGAGAAUUUACUUUUCCGAAAAUGAA